ACAUCAUCACAACAAUACGGCAGAGGACCGCAACCGCUACCACUCCACCAUGUUUCUGGAGAGACAGCUGCUCCCAGGCCUCUCCAUCAUGAACCUCCUCUCCUUCCUGUUUUGUUUGCCUGUACAGUUUAUUGGAGGUCGCUACUUCUACAUUCAAGCCUGGAAAGCCCUGAAACACAAGUCUGCCAACAUGGAUGUGCUAAUUGUUCUGGCCACUACCAUAGCCUUCACCUACUCAUUCGUUGUCCUAAUUGUGGCCAUAGCGGAGAAGGCAAAAGUCAAUCCCAUCACGUUCUUCGACACACCGCCUAUGCUCUUUGUCUUCAUCUCUCUGGGACGCUGGCUGGAACAGAUAGCCAAGAGCAAGACUUCUGAGGCUUUGUCCAAACUGAUGUCUUUACAAGCCACUGAGGCCACAGUUGUCACUCUCGGCAGUGAUAAUUCAGUUCUCAGGUACUCCUGGUUCUCUGCCCUCACCUUUCACAUGUUGACUUGGUUUUAA